CUUAUCUAUCUUUAUCCAUUUUUAUUUGACACGUUAUUGAUGACAAUGGAGUUCAGUUUUUAUUUUCUUCUUAUAUUUUUCCAAACAAUAGCGUGUGUGCAUUGUGAGUUGUCUAAUGUGGCUUUCACUUUGGGCCAGACCAAUCAUCUUUAUCUCAGUCAUGGAGAACAGUUGACUUAUAACAAGAUCAUUACGAACUUGUCGGCCGAAUUUGACUCUCUAGGUUCGUUUGUUUCCAGAAAACCCGGACUCUAUGCUUUUCAUUUCUUCUCUCUGGCACACUCAGAAAGUAGAACGUGGAUUGAACUUUUUAAAAAUACAGAUUACAUAUGUUCUAUAUUUGGCUACACAUCACAUGGUUAUGCUGAUGCAGGAAACUCCGUGUUUCUCCAUCUAAAUGAACACGAUACCGUCAGCAUUAAAUCUCAUCCAUCUUAUGACACUACUCUUUACGGAACUGGGGAUCAAAUAUAUACGACAUUCACAGGAGUUUUGUUAAACCCUGACGACGCAGAAUAUCCAUAUCAAAAAGAGUCAUUUUCUGUUGGGCUUAACCAUCAUUUCCAGACAUCUCAAGGAGAACUAGUCAGAUACAAUAACAUUAUUGUAAAUAGCAAUGCCAAUGUAUUCAAUACACAGACUGGAAAAUUUACGGCCGCGAUGGACGGGACAUAUAUAUUUCACUACCAUGGACUUGCUCAGAAUGAUGAGGCUAUCUGGCUAGAGUUGUACCGUAAUGGAGAAUACGUCAACUCUGCAUUUGGCCACACUGAUUCCGGUUACGCCGAUGCCGGUAACACCGUCAUUUUGCAUCUUUCAAGAGGAGACCAAGUGUACAUCAAGGCGAGAAACAACUAUCAAGUCAAUCUGUAUGGUGCCGCUGAUCAAGUCUAUGCAACCUUUUCAGGAAAUCUUCUUGCUCCUCUAAGUCACGACUCAGAAGAUUCUCGAUCCGAAACGUCAUUUUCCGUCGGUCUUUCGCACCAUUUCACUGGAACAAAUCUGAUUUUUGAUCGCGUCUUCUCUAAUCGCGGUGGACGGUACAGUCAAGUAACUGGUCACUUUACAGCCAAGGAAAGUGGGGUCUACGUAUUUCAUUUUCACGCACUGUCUCGCUCGGAUGCUCACAUCUGGGUGGACCUGUAUCAUGACUACCAUUACAUUGAUUCUUUGUAUGGGGGCUCUGACGACGAAUAUGCAACGGGAAGUAACGCCGCAGCCUUAAAUCUAGUUGCUGGUGAUAUUGUGUUUCUGAAAUCUAGACAGUCUUCCAACUCGUAUUAUGGUGCACCAGAUCAAGUUUAUUGUACCUUUUCUGGAUACAAAUUAGAUACGACAGAAGAAUUUAUCAUUGGAAAUCCAGAUGUUGUAAUUGGGCGACUGUCAUUAUAAAAUAAAUAAAUUGAUAUAAAUUUCUCUUUAACAUGU